CUAGCGGUUACUGUGACGGUACUUUGUUUGAACAUUGAGAUGAGCCUAUGCGAAACCACGACAUCCCAAAAAACUUCAGUGGAGUACAGCGUGAGCAGCAGUACCAAUGCACUAAGCCUCGAAGCUAAGCCGGAGAAUUCAACGCAAAAAGUCGAUGGAGCACAAGCCUCGAUAGUCGAAUCGAAUCAAACAAGAGAGGCACUAAAUCAAGACGCCAGUGAACCAGAUUCUGUGGUUUUUAUUGGUGAAAAUCCCAACUAUGUACCGUUACCUGCCCUUCGGACAAGAAAUUAUGCUGAAGAGGAAGACCCCGAUUGGCCCAAUCCUUUGGACACGUGGGACAGAGAGUACAGGAGAAUCAGGUUUAACAACACCCGAGUACAACAUAUCGAAGCUGAAUGUCAAGACGACUACAUGAAAAUUCGGAUAGGUUUCAAUGGAACAUUUACAGGACUGGUUUACUCAGCAGGCUACGCGUACGACCCGGACUGCAUGUAUAUCAAUGGUACCGGCAGAGACUAUUACGAAUUCUACAUCCAGUUGAACAGAUGCGGUACGUUGGGCAAAAACACACAUAACGAAGAUAAUAGGAAGUCUCCGACAAAAAAUUUCAUGUGGAAUACAGUCACCGUUCAAUACAAUCCGCUCAUCGAAGAAGAAUAUGAUGAGCAUUUCAAGGUCACCUGUGAAUAUGGUUACGAUUUCUGGAAAACUGUGACGUUUCCUUUUUUAGACGUGGAGGUGGCCACAGGAAAUCCAGUGGUGUUUACACUAACCCCUCCGGAAUGUUAUAUGGAGAUUAGGUACGGAUAUGGAACAGCGGGCAACAGAGUGACUGGACCAGUAAGAGUGGGGGAUCCCUUAACCCUUAUUAUCUACAUGAGGAGCAAAUAUGAUGGAUUCGACAUUGUUGUGAACGACUGUUAUGCCCACAAUGGAGCUACGAAAAAGAUUCAGCUGAUUGAUGAAUAUGGAUGUCCAGUAGACGACAAAUUGAUAUCGAGGUUCAGAGGAUCCUGGUCGGAAGCCGGAGUCUACGAGACCCAGGUUUUCGCCUACAUGAAAACAUUCCGAUUUACAGGAUCACCAGCGUUGUACAUUGAGUGCGACGUUAGAAUGUGCCACGGAAGAUGUCCGAGUCAACCAUGCCACUGGAGAAACGUCAAAAACGUGAAGAAGAGGUCUUUGGAGCUAGAAGGUCCUUCUAGUUCUACCACAGUAGCUUCGAAUAUUCCCUUAUCGGAAAAUAUCAAUCUUUUCCAGUCGUUGAGGGUACUACACGAAGGAGAAAGCGAUCAAGAAACGAAUAUAACUUAUAUAGAUACAAAAACCACUCCGGACACCGUAUGCCUCAAAACCGGGUGGUUCUCAGCCCUUUUAGCCCUUGGUGGAGGCGCAAUGUGCCUCUUGGGUGGCGCGCUUCUAGCCACCUGCACGAGAAUGCGAAAAAUAGCCAUAGACAAAGUACUGUCCACCACCCAGUUUAAUGGGUACAUGAACCACCGGGGAAGCAUCAAUUAAGAGUUUAGAAGUUAAGAAACACAUAGAAAAGACAGUGAUAUUGUGAGAUUUAAUGUAAUGUUUUACAUGAACGUUGUGUUCCAUAAGUUAUUACGUAGGCUUGUUGUGUAUUUGAGUGAUCUUACAAGCGGAUCGAUAAAAUUGUUCAAUUGUAACAGAUAGUUUCAUCCUCCAUUGUAUUUUUUUAUACAGAGUCAGAUAUUGAAUUAACUAUGUCGUUACAAUGUGAUCUGUAUUAUUUAUCUUAACAUAUAAAGUGCUAAUAAUGUGUUAAUAACAGUAAUUCUAGUGAUAUUUGUGCACGUUCACCGGCACGAUAAACUGACACCUUAAAAUUUUCAUCUAUUUUAAAGUGUUCUAGUGGACCAAUUUUUAUGAAUUUUUAAGCAAUUUGUAGCUAAAUUAUUUGACUUUUCAAUUUCUCUUUCUAAAUUA